GGUCUUUCCAAAAAUCCAAUUGUGGAUAUGGCGGCGUGUGGAGUGAAGAAUGCGGCUGUGGAGCUUUGGCGGCUUGUUCCAAUCGUCGCCUCGCUGAUCUUGGAGCUGGAUUUGUAGCCCUCGCCAUGGCUUUGCACGCCAAAUUCGUCUUGGCGUGCAAGGAUCCCUACGUCAGAUUGACUGGAUUCCCGGUGCUAGCGCAUUGUAAAGAAAUCUGCGCUGCAAGGCCCGGAGCUGGAGUGGCAUCCACCCAUCAGGAAAAAAUUGUUAGCAGUUUCUUUGGUUCUCUGCUGCGGCAAACGAGAAGUUUUCGACGUAGAACGCGACAGGCAAUUGUUAUUCAUGGAGCCAUGGACGUAAGUCUGGAGACAAUCAACGACCUUGGAUUGGACACGCUUACUUUCCUCGUCGCCACAGUGCUCGUCGUGCCUUCAUUCAAAGCCUUCAAAGCAAGCCCUAUUUUGGGAUUUCUCUUGUCUGGAGUAGUGAUGAACCAGCUCGGACUUAUCAGAAACGUGACGGACAUCAAAGCUCUAUCUGAACUAGGUAUACUUUUCCUUCUCUUUGAAAUGGGAUUAGAAUUGUCUCUCGCUCGUUUAAAAGCAUUGGCCAAGUAUGCAUUUGGCAUGGGAUUUGCACAGGUUUUACUAUCGACAGUAGCGUUCGCAGCAUUUGAGCUUCCACCAAAUGGAGCACUGGGAACUAGACUUCUCGAAUUUCUUUUCCAUUCUCGACCGGAUCUUGUAAAUAUUAGAACUGUAGACGAAGCUGUAGUUAUUGGAGCGGGUUUAUCAUUGUCUUCUUCCGCAUUUGUCUUGCAGCUUCUUUCAGAGAAGGGAGAACUUCCAACAAGAUUUGGCUCUGCCACCCUUGGAAUUCUUCUGUUUCAAGACAUUGCUGUCGUACCUUUGCUGGUCAUUCUACCAAUUCUAGAAACCGGGGUAUGUUAUUCUGAUAUCUCAUCUGCUCGUAUCUUCAUAUCGAUAUUACAGAAUUUUUCACAAGAGAGUCUCUGGCCUGUAAUGGCGGCUGAAAGUCUAAAAGCCUUGGGUGGCUUGGGAGCACUGUCCCUUGGCGGACAAUUACUUCUUCGUCGUAUUUUUGAGGUCGUAGCAGAUUCAAGGAGCUCCGAAGCUUUUGUAGCUCUUUGUUUGCUUACAGUCACUGGAACGUCUCUGCUAACGCAAAAGCUUGGGUUCAGCGACACGCUUGGAGCAUUUCUCGCUGGUGCACUUUUAGCGGAGACAAAUUAUCGCACACAAGUCGAAGCAGACAUUCGUCCUUUCAGAGGAUUAUUGCUUGGACUGUUUUUUGUAACGACGGGCACAUCGAUCGAUCUCCAGCUUUUAAUUCGAGAGUGGCCAAAUGUUUUAGCACUCCUAGGUGGCUUAAUCGCGAUAAAAACACUAAUCACUACCGCCAUUGGCAAUAAAGUUGGCUUGUCACUGCCAGAAAGUGUUCGUACUGGCCUGCUUCUCUCACAAGGUGGAGAAUUUGCCUUCGUGGUUUUCGCUCUUGCAAACAGGCUUGGAGUAUUGCCCUUGGAGCUCAACCGUUUACUCAUUAUCGUGGUUGUAUUGUCGAUGGCUCUCACUCCUUUCUUGAACGAGAUUGGUCGCAAGCUUGCUACCAUUAUUGAGUUGAAAAUUCAACAAGAUUCUACGGAGAUUAAAAAGGUGGAAAUUCCUAAAGUUGCUGAGCCGGUUGUUAUUGUUGGAUUUGGUCAGACUGGCCAGGUUCUAGCCAACUUCCUGUCUACGCCUCUAGCAAAUGGUCCUGGCGGUGAUGUUGAAGGCUGGCCAUAUCUAGCAUUUGAUCUUGAUCCUAACCGCGUGAAGGUGUCUAGGACGCUGGGCUUUCCUGUCCUGUAUGGAGAUGGAUCACGGCCAUUGGUGUUACAAACUGCUGGGGUGGUAAAACCGAAGGCACUCAUGGUGAUGUACACUGGCAGAGGAAGUGCUGUGCAAGCAGUGGAGAGGCUGCGGCUAGCAUUUCCAGAGACGCCUAUAUUCGCUAGAGCACAAGACUUGGGACACUUGCUCGAGCUUAAACAAGCCGGCGCUACUGAUGCUAUCUUGGAAAACGCUGAGACGAGCUUGGAGCUUGGGUCUGUGCUACUCCGGGGCCUCGGAGUCAUGCCGGACGACGUCAACUUCUUGAGACGCAUAAUGCGCGAGUCUCUGGAUGUCCAAGCGCAGGAAGCACUGGAGAAGAAAGCUGGUGGCGAGUUUGCGUGGGUGAAACCAUUCCAGGACAAGGUGCGAGAUCAUUCCACCAAGACCGGGUCCAAACAAGAUUUAAGCACCGAGUCCUUAGCUAGCAAUGGGAGCUUUGUAGAUAAUUCUUCACUGGAGAAGCACCGUGACAGUAAAACAUGAAUCACUCGGAAACAUUCGAAAGCGUCAAGACGAGCAAAAGUUGGCGCCAAUUGAGCAAGAUAAGUGACACAAAAUGUGAAGGUAGUGCUCCACGCAACCAGAUAUCUGGAAUAUAUCCCGGGAUGCGUUACACACUCCCGAACUAUAAAA